AUGAAAAAUAAAAAUAAAUAUGAUUAUCUAUUAAAAUUACUACUAGUAGGUGAUUCCAGUGUAGGAAAAAGUAGUAUAUUAUGCAGAUAUUCCGAUAAUCAAUUUGAGGAAAAAGUUUUAUCAACAAUAGGUAUUGAUUUUAAGGUAAAAUAUUUAAGAAUAGAUAAUAAGACAAUAAAAGUGGGUAUUUGGGAUACAGCUGGUCAAGAGAGAUUUCGGACUUUAACUUCAGCUUAUUAUCGAAAUGCGCAUGCUAUUAUUCUUGUAUAUGAUUGUACUGUUAGGGAAUCAUUUGAAAAUUUAGAUGUGUGGAUAAAUGAAAUUGAUAAGUAUUCUACAAAUAAAAACGCUAUUAAAAUGUUAGUUGCUAAUAAAAUUGAUAAACCAAAUCAUGAAGUAACAAAAAGUGAAGGGAAAAAUUUUGCUUUUGAAAAUAACAUGCUUUUUUGUGAAACUAGUGCUAAAAAUGAUAUUAAUAUAACAUACUGCUUUGAAGAAUUGAUUCAACAAAUAUUAAAUAAUCCAUCUUUAUUAGAAUUAAGUUUUGUUACUAAAAAUUUUAAAUUAGGAAGGAAAGAAGAAAACAGAUCUAAUUGUGUUUGUUAA